UCUAGAAAAGGGCAGAUUCCACAAGCGAUUGUAACGCCAUCGCCAAAUGCCGCCGGCUCGUCUAUAUCAGCAAUGCCUUCACAAAUGGGGCCUCCAUUCCUAUAUGGACAGUGGCAGCCCUUCUGCCCAAUGGCACCCUGACCCAUGUGUAACCCCUACAACUCAUGGGGAGGAGGCCAAAAUUCCCCAGAGCAGAUGGUACCUUAUUCGGACCUGCCCUCGAGUACGGGGUCACCAAGCUUUCCGGCGGCUCAGGGGCAAAACGCAGCAAGUAUCACAGGCUAGCGUGGCAGGAGCGGGGGACCAGGGACAGGGUGGACACGGGAAUGACGAUAGAGGCCAAGGUGGGCGAGGAGGUGGAGGAAGAGGACAAGGGCGAAAUGGCGGAGGCCGUGGUGGAGGAUGGAAUGGCCAAGGAGGUCAGGGUCAGGGCAACCAAGGUGGUCAGGAAGGGGGCCAGGGAUAUGGAAGAGCCCGCUUUGAUUGGCGGAAUGCCAUCUGCCAGCAUUGCGACGUUAUAGGUCAUACCAUACGAUUUUGCCAACACCGGCGAGAUGACGAACUUUCCGGACUGAUCUCCACCAAUAUGGACGGCGACAUAUACGAUAAGGUCGAAAAAUAUAUUGACCCAAAGACUCUGGGUGGGGUCAAGCAAGAGGCCCUUAGGCGAGCAGUGCCAGGGCCAGCACCUCCGGUGAUGUUUAGAUUAUGGCAAGAAAGGCAAUGCUCUACCGUAAGGAUCGAGGAGAUCGUGGAGGAAAGUGAGGAGGUUACCCAGCGACUAAAGGCAGGGACUAUAAAGGAAGAGUCAAUAGUCGUUGAAUCGGAUGAUGAAGAAUUGGGAGAGAUGAGAGAGUUGGCCAUAACCAUCUUGGAGAAAAUGGAAGAUCUGCUGGGAAAAGCACCCCCUCGAAGGGAACCUGAGCCCGAACGCAGGAAAAAAGUAGUUGAGGUCCCGGAAGAGGAAGAGGAGGAUGACGAUGAGCAGGAUGAGAGGCUCCGGCAAGAGGAAGAUCGGCGAGUGGAGCUAAGGGCCAGAAAGAGAGGGACUCAGGAGGAAGCCGAGCCGAGCCAGCGCGACUGCGUACCUAAAAGGAAGAAAUACGCGGUUCGGCUAGAAGAGGGUUUCGACGUGGAAAAAAUGGUGGACAAGCUUCUAGAAGGUCAUAAUGACCUUAUGAACCUAAAGGAUAUUCUGGAGUCCGCCCCAAGGCUCCGAGAUAGCCUGAAGGGACGACUCUCGCGGAGGUUGGUGUUCAACGUCCAUUUGAGUACAAUCCUGCCAAGAGAAGUGGGAUGGACGGAAGCAGGAACGAGGAUGGAUUGGAAAUGUGUGGCAUGUGGGUUGGUGGAUUUGGUGGUGAGGGACCAGAAGUGUAUUGUGAUGGUGGACAUGGGCGCCGAGAUGAAUAUCAUCCGGGAAAGAGAUGCGAUUAUGUUGGGAUUGGAGGUCGAUCGCUCGGACCACGGGGUACUGCAUGGCGCUAAUUGCAAGGUGGUCUUUUGUGGCACGACAUCCAAUGUGAUUGUGGAGAUCAGCAGACUGCGAACGAGGGCUUGCUUCUUUGUCAUGCCAGACGUUGAUCAUCCUAUACUCUUGGGGAGAUCGUUCCUAUGUGAGGAGCUUCCUCGAGACUUGUGGAUUUUGGAGGAGUUUCGUGAAGACUUUGCCGCCAAGACUGAGCAUUUGCGGAAGCUAGUGCGUCAGGAUCAGGAAUGGGUUUGGGGUGAAGAUCAGGAAGAGGCUGUAAAGAGGAUGAAGGAGGAAUUCAAAGAAGGAGAGUUGGUGUUAGGGGCGCCGAACUAUGAGGUUACAGAGGUGAAGCCAUUCAUCAUUGAGACGGACACUGGACCAACUGCCCUGGGAGGAGUCUUGGUUCAGGCAGAUGCUGAAGGAAAGGAGAGACCGCUAAGACUCGAGAGUCGGACGCUUAAUAUGACUGAGAGGAACUACUCCCAGUUUAAAAAGGAGACGCUUGCAGUACUCCACUGCCUGAGGAUCUAUCGGAACUAUGUUUAUGGCAGGAGUGAUCUGCAGGGACCGUCGCUGCGAUCACCGGAGCGGGAAGAGGGUGGACCAUCAGAGACGCCAUUCCGAAGUCUAGAGGCCCACCUUGAUGCAUCUCAGUGGGGGGACCCACAAUUGAGCGUGGAUCCGGUUAAGCCACCAAUGGGGGAGCCGCAGGGCCCUGAGCCAGAGGCCGAGCCACAUGAGCAAGAGAGGUCACAAGUUGAGGAGGUGAUUACAGUUGAAGAAAAUACUCCUCCUACCCCAGCUCCGGAGCAGGUGCAGCAGGCCUGGCUGGAAGGAAUUCCUGAACCAGACAGUGGUGAGGUUUCAAUACCCCCGCAGGAGGAUAUUAUGUCGCCCAGACGAAGGGCAGAGAUGGUCCGGCCAGAGGAGGGGUGGAGAGUUGAGGCCCGCGUGACUAUUGAUUCUCGAUUGGCCGCGCACGCGUCCGAGCACCCAAAUAUUGAGUUGCCCACCCCGAUUGAGCCAUCCCUGGGAUCACCGCGUGCUGAGAGAGGGAAAAGUGCCGAGGCCUCUGCUCGAGCUACCCACCGAGUGCCGACAUGGAGGCCACAGAGGGAAACUACGGAGGAGAAGUCUGCCGGGGUGCAAGCACGCCUAGCUGAGAUAUACGAGAGAAAAGUCGAGAUGGAGGAUGCAGCGGUAGAGUCUGCACUGCCAGUCGAUCCCAGGACGAGUGAGCAAAGGAUCGACGAGAUGUGGGUCAGAUACGUGAGUAGGAGGGAUGCAGCCCGCCAGAGGUCGCAAGAGACGGGGCAGGCCGACGACAGGGCAGAUAAGGCGAGAGAGGCAGGAGAUUUGGGACUUUCCGGCGCCAGGAUGACAAUUGAGCGGGUGGAUAAGAGGAUACGCCAGGCGGCUACCACAUCCUUCCUCCGAUACACCUUACUCAGUGACGAGUUGGCGAUCAGGAAGAUGGAAGUGGAGCAGCUGACUACUGAACUAGCAGAGGAGAAGGCUGUAAACCUUGCCUGGAGGAUGCACAUGGAAGCUAAGGAAGUUGAAUGGGAGACGAAGCCCCAGGAUAUGGCGGCUGCAGUGGAGAGGCUUUUGGCCACCAAGGUGGUCGAUUGGACCGAGCAGAGUAGAUACGGUAUUUAGGGUGAGGGGGUGCAGGGAUUGUUUGGUCAAGGAGGAGCAGCAAAGCCUUCUCAGCAGGAGAAGUUGAAAAAGGUAUUCCCGGAGCCGACUGAGGCAGAGACAAAGAGGAAGGCUGAAGAGUGAAGCUUUGAGUUCAAGACCCCCACAAAGUUAGUCGCGCAACAAGAGA